AUGAGAGGCGCUAGUAUGGGUCCCACUCGGCCACUUCGAGCGCAGCCGCUUACGCAACUGCACUGUGCUUUAUGUCGUUUUGACUGUACCAUACCCCUACAUCAAUGCUACAGAGCCGCAUUAAUGACAGACGCGAAUGUGUCUUAUGCCUACACCGUUGACUUGAGCAAAAGGGAGCAAAUCUACAGCGCCGCAGAGAAAGUGAAGGCAGAAGUGGGCAAAGUGGAUAUUUUGAUCAACAAUGCUGGAGUUGUCACAGGCAAGAAGAUUUUCGAUUGCCCUGACGAAAUGAUGGAGCUUACCAUGGCUGUAAAUACUCAUUCUCUGUUCUAUACUGCUAAAGCUUUUGUCCCAGCCAUGUUGGAUUCGAACCAUGGUCACGUCGUUACAGUUGCUUCAAUCGCUGGCAAAGUUGGCGUAUCUGGUUUGGUCGAUUACUGCGCAUCCAAACACGGCGCUAUUGGCUUCCAUGAAUCACUGACAGCUGAAAUGGACGCUCUAGGCAAAGAUGGAGUCAAGACUACAGUUGUUUGUCCAUACUAUAUUGAUACUGGGAUGUUCGAUGGAGUCGAGACUAAAUCACCCACACUGCUGCCCGUUCUAAAACCAGAAUAUGUUGUCGACUGCAUCAUGGAAGCUGUUUUAACCAACAAAGAAAUGAUCUCGAUGCCUCGAUUCAACUAUGUUGUGAUGUUUGCUAUGGGAUUCCUUCCAUCAAGUGCGCAAGCUGUGCUAUCAAAAUUCUUCGGCGUUAACGAGACCAUGGAGAACUUCAGAGGACGUGAAAAGCAUGAUUGA